GAGAGAGAGAGAGUGGAGCAACAAUGCGUAACGCGCUAAGCUAUGCCAAGCGGCAGCCCAUGGAUAUUGAGCCUUACGAGCAGGAGCCAGAGACAGCAGCGCAAACGAAAGUAGCGAGCACCACGCAUAUCAAGGAUGAAUCAGAUGUUGGCGAACAAACAGACACACAGAGCACGCACAGCAGCAACAGCUCCUCGCCUACGACAGCCGAUGUGGCUGAUGUGGCCACCAUAAGCUCGUUGCCGCUGUCACCUGCUGCCAAACAGUCGGCAGCAACAGCAGCAGCAGCAGCACAGGCGGAUAACGUCUCUGUGGACAGUGAGCUUGCGGAGCAGGAUAAUGAGUCGGCAGGUCAUGCAACGCGAGAGCAUCAAGCGGCCACAUUGCUGGCGCAUCCCAGUGCCGCCUUUGCAGAAACUGGUGCGCACAUACUCGGCGGUGCUGCCGGCAGCUCGCACCGACGCACUCUGUCUGCCGCUUCAUAUAUCUCAAUGCGUUCCCAGCUGGGCACACCGGGCAGUGGGCCAGCGCCAGAGCCGCCGCGUCGCAAUCGUUUCUUCGAGUGGAUACGCGUGCUAUGUAAAAUCUGCUGUUGCAAGAGUUCUGGUAUUGGCGAGCCGAGUGUACAUCAUGCGCUGGUUGUGAUAUUUUUAGAAUUCUUUGCCUGGGGACUGUUAACCAUGCCCAUCAUAUCGACACUGAAUCGCACAUUUCCGGAUCACACAUUUCUGAUGAACGGUCUGGUAAUGGGCAUUAAGGGCAUUUUGUCAUUUUUGUCGGCGCCGCUGAUAGGCGCAUUGUCCGACAUUUGGGGUCGCAAAUUUUUCCUAUUAGUCACAGUAUUUUUCACCUGCAUGCCAAUACCGCUGAUGUGCAUCAACACUUGGUGGUUCUUUGGCUUGAUCUCAAUAAGCGGCGCUUUUGCCGUCACAUUUUCGGUGGUGUUUGCCUAUGUGGCCGAUGUGACCACGCCGGAGGAGCGCUCCAAGGCCUAUGGCCUGGCGUCGGCCACCUUUGCAGCAAGUCUGGUCAUCUCGCCAGCUCUGGGCAAUGCGCUCAUGGACAUGUAUGGCGAUACCUUGGUGGUAUUCCUAUCCACAGCCAUUGCGCUGCUGGAUGUGCUAUUCAUACUAGUCGCUGUGCCCGAGAGUUUGUCAGAGAAGAUGCGACCAGCCACGUGGGGUGCGCCCAUAAGCUGGGAGCAAGCAGAUCCCUUUGCGGCGCUGCGUAAAGUGGGCACUGACAAGACCGUCUUGAUGCUGUGCCUAACUGUCUUGCUGUCUUACUUGCCCGAGGCGGGCGAAUACUCCUGCAUGUUUGUCUAUCUGAAGCUUAAAAUGGGCUUCAAUUAUAUGGAGGUAUCCAUAUUUAUAGCCAUUGUGGGCAUACUCAGCAUCACAGUGCAAGUCACACUGGGCUCCUUCAUGAAAGUUUUUGGCGCAAAGCGCACUAUCAUUAUGGGUCUAGUCUUGGAGAUAGUACAGCUGCUUUGGUAUGGUCUGGGCAGUCAAAAAUGGAUGAUGUGGUCAGCUGGCGUGGUGGCUGCCUUGGGCUCCAUUACCUAUCCAGCGAUCAGUGCGUUUGUCUCCCUAUAUGCCUCACCCGAAAGUCAAGGUGCUGUGCAGGGCAUGAUCACUGGCAUGCGUGGCCUCUGCAAUGGCUUGGGCCCUGCAGUAUUUGGCGUCAUUUUCUAUUUGUUCAAUGUGGACUUGAAUGCUGAUCAUGAUCCCAGUAUUGUAAAGAAUAAUCAUGCGACGAACGUUGAGAAGAUAUCGCAGCAUGUGCCGGGACCGCCAUUUGUGUUUGGCGCACUGUGCGUCUUGUGUGCGAUUGCCGUAUCCGCUUUCAUACCCGAGGGUCAGCAGGCGCAAUUGGAAAAGAAACGUGCCUCGCUUGAUGUGCAGUACGAGAUCGAAACUGGCCACAAGGCGCCCAGCUCAUUGGCGCCGCUCAUACGCUCCGAUUCGUUAGCGCAACUGUAGUUUGUACCGACCUCGACCAAGCCAUCGUCACACAUUCGCAACAUAGCUGGUGUCUAUACAAAUUAGUAACUGUAAUUGUAACAAAUGCUGUAACUAGUUUCGCUUUAGUUUUACUGCAAUUAUCACAUUCAGCACUAAGUUAAGCACGUUACGUUGCUUUGAUUGUUUUUACCUGCCGCGUGUGAUUGCUAAACAUAAAACAUUUCAUUUUCUUGUAUUUUACAACAACUAACUGUAAUUGUGCACCGACCUCAGCGUAAAUAAUAUAAACAUAAUUAAUUUAUUUAUUACAAAUGCUCGCCGCAGUCCGAGCGUUUGCUUGCCCAGCCUAUCCUCAAAAUAAGUAAUAAACUGAAACUACAAAUUUAUAUACUAAAUGUAGCUAAGGUGCUCUGUUAUUAUGCGAACUCAAUUGGAAUACAUCACAAGCGAAACGAAAUAAGAAUACAAAACUGCCAAAAGAAGACAAAAUUGUAUAUUUAUAAUUAUGUUGAUUUUGUUCGAUUACUAUUCGAAAUUGCUGCACACUACAAUAAUACAAAAUAUUUUGGGCCUAAAUCAUGUUAACGUAAACACAUACAUAUGUAUGUAUGUAUUUUUUAUUCAGCUUAAUGCAGCAUUGUCGCAGAAUUUGUUAUAGAAAAACGAUGUUGAAAACUGAAACAAAAUACAAUUAAUGAAUAAAUUAUUAGUGUAAACAGAGUAGUAAGCUUUACUUUUGCAAUUGUAGUGAUCUGAAUAAAUAAGAGAGUCAAGAAAGUCUCAAUUAAAAUCGAGCAUAGCAACUGUAUAUAUGUGUAUGUAUGUAUAUGUAAUACAAGCACUGCAAAGCGCAUUGAACAAUUUGCAACGAUUUUAUUUUAAUGGAAUUGUAACUGAAAUAGUUGGCAUAUGUGUAAAGUACUAAAUAUAUAUAUGCAUGUGAGUGAGGUGGCAACUGCUGAAGAAGCUUGAGGCAAGCAUGCUUACAUGCAUACCUGUACACUGUACAGGUAUUACUAUAUAUACAUAUAUAUAUUUAUUUUUUGAUUUUUAAUUGCGAUUAAAUAGUAAAUCUUAAAACUGAAACCAAAUUUGUAAUGUAAUUUAUUUAGCAUGCGUGCAAAUACAAAUAUGUAUUGUGUGCGGCAAAAACUGAUUGUAAGGACGUGCUCCAUACAAUAAACUAUAUAUUAAAAUAUAAUUAAAUGUACUAAGUUUUGACGCAGUGAAAACUCACACACACACAAAAACACUAAAAUUAUUAUGAUAAAAAAAAUGAAAUUGUGUAACAAAUAAAUUUAUGGUUUGAUGAAAUACUUGAA